GUUUCAGAUUUCAGACACAACUACCUAUCCCUUUCACAUUAUAUUAAUCUUCUCAGAUAAGUAACACAGCUUCAUUAUAAGCAAGGCCCAGCCAUUCACUUUCUAUAUUACAGCUCCCUAAUUGAGUUCUGAGCAUUCCCUUCAGUUAUUUCGAGAACUAUCUUCUUCUGCUUGCAAACAUGGUUGUGGAAGCUGGAGAUUCUGCUGCAAUGAACAACUCCAGUGGGAAUGUGUUCCAACUCAAAGUGAAGCAAGGAGAGCCAACUCUGGUUUCCCCUGCAGAAGAAACAGACAAGGGUUUGUACUUCCUCUCUAACCUCGACCAAAACAUUGCGGUCACUGUUCGAACUAUUUAUUGUUUCAAGUCAGAUGAGAAAGAUAAUAGCAAGGCAGGGGAAGUGAUCAAGAAUGCUCUCAAAAAGGUUCUUGUCCACUAUUACCCCCUUGCUGGGCGCCUGUCAAUCAGCUCGGAAGGAAAGCUCAUUGUAGAUUGCACCGGAGAAGGAGCUGUUUUCGUUGAGGCAGAAGCAGAUUGUACAAUAGAAGAUAUUGGAGACAUAACAAAACCUGAUCCGGAGACUCUUGGAAAGCUGGUCUAUGACAUUCCUGGUGCCAAGAACAUACUAGAAGUGCCUCCUCUUGUGGCCCAGGUGACAAAAUUCAAAUGCGGAGGGUUUUCUCUUGGCCUGUGCAUGAACCACUGUAUGUUUGAUGGCAUUGGGGCUAUGGAGUUUGUGAACUCAUGGGGAGAGACUGCGAGAGGUUUGCCAUUAACAGUUGUUCCGUUCAUAGACAGAAGCAUACUCAAAGCACGAAACCCACCUAAGAUAGAGCACCUGCACCAAGAGUUCUCUGAGAUUAUUGAUGGCAAUUCUAGCCUUAACUCUUCUGAAGUUGAUGAAGACAAGAUGCUGUAUAGGUCCUUCUGUUUUGACACUGAGAAGCUCGAAAAGCUGAAAACUAAAGCCAGGGAAGACGGCGCUCUUGACAAGUGCUCUACAUUUGAAGCCCUCUCAGCAUUUGUGUGGAAAGCUCGGACUAGAGCCCUGAGACUCUUGCCUGAACAACAAAUCAAGCUCUUGUUUGCUGUUGAUGGGAGGCAUAAGUUCAACCCACCACUCCCAAACGGGUACUUUGGGAAUGGCAUUGUGUUGACACAUGCAAUCUGUGAAGCAGGUGAUCUGCUGGAAAAGCCACUGUCACAUGCGGUUGGGCUUGUUCAAGAUGCCAUCAAGAUGGUCACUGACAGUUACAUGAGAUCAGCCAUUGACUAUUUCGAAGCAACGAGAGCUAGGCCUUCUUUGUCCUCUACUCUUUUGAUCACAACUUGGUCUCGGCUUUCAUUUUACACCACUGACUUUGGUUGGGGAGAGCCUAUACUCUCAGGUCCAGUGGCUUUGCCGGAGAAGGAGGUGAUCUUAUUCCUGUCUCAUGGGACAGAGAAGAAAAGCAUUAACGUGCUUUUGGGUCUUCCAGCUUCUGCCAUGAAGGUCUUUCAAGAACUGAUGAAUAUGUAGAUCAACAGCAAGAAUUGUUUUUUCCUAUGUAAGCUAUUAUAUUUCGUGAUUCACUACUACUUUGUAAUGUGAUGGUUUCUUAUGGACUGCUGUUAUGUUCUGAUAAAAGAUAGACGGUCCAUGAUGUUAAUAAUUUUCUUCCGGGUGCUUAAAUUGAGAGUCCUGGUAUUUGUUCUGUUCUACUUAUGUCAGUGGCUCCUAAAUAUGUUUUGUCCAUUUCAAAAAGAAACAAAUUCAAGCUAUCUAUGUUAGAGCAAUCGAAGUGUUCCUAGACGAUGUGGGAAACAGGACUUGGCCUAGAUUACUUCUCUGAUUUAGUACAAGCAAUCUGAGACUGGUGAAGAGAUGAGCCUCCAUUGUCAUGGGAUGUAAGCACCACAUUUGGAAGAUAUGUAUACUUCAUGAAUGCUCUGUGAACUCAAGAGGCAAAGACAGUUGAACUUUGGACUUGCCAAUGCAAUUUACCCAAAACACUUGGUCACUUGGACGUAGUACAAUCAAUCAAAAGCUAGCGAACGGAGAAUCUCUUGCACGAUCGUGAUAGUCUCUAGAUUGAUCUAGAAGUUUUUAUAUUGUAAA